AUCUGUGUAUUAUCGCCAUAGUCAGAAAUGCGACUUUUUCCGCUCUACUUUGCUAUAAUCUUCCUAUUUCAAUAUGAAGUUGGUGCAAUAUCGAAUGAAAUCAAAUCCAAACUGAAAAUCUGGUUUGGAACUUUAAAGCCCCUGCAAAAUUCAAUAACGCUUAACACUGUGAAAAAACUUUGCGUUGUGGAAGUGAUUCGAGGCAGCAAGCAUCCGAUAAAAGUUGGAAAUAUUGACAUAUUGAAUAAGAAUACGUUGGAAAACUUUAUAAAGCUGCCGAGCAUUAAAAUGCCGAACAUUACAGUUGUCAUCGUGGAAGAUAAGUUGUCUAAGAAGGCAAGAAGCGCGAGUCGUUAUAAAGAAAAGGAAAUGGAAAAACUAAUUGUAAAAUUUAAGGAGUGUAUAAUUGAAAAGCUUAAGAUACUAGCUUAGUUACGAGAAAAAAUUCUUUUAAAUGUCGUAAAUAUCAAUUUAAUACAAGUAAAUUUACUGUACAAUA